CAGCAACAUCCUCCCCACGAAAUUGAGGGCGAGAAGGUGGUCAAACCAAGUGUUGGUGGAUACUGCGGUAGUCCGUAUCCACACGUCGAUUCGAGUAGUUAUGAGCUGCACGGGCCUGACAACGUUGAGUUCAUUGAUGGAAGGAAACCGUAUUGA